UGAAUCCCCACCACCAUCAAGUCAACAACUAAAACUUAAUCAAAGCAACUGAGAAGAACAAUAAGUCACUAAGAAUUCCUCACCUCCAAAGUCAGGUAUGGAUCGGAUGUCUGGGUUCGCCAAAGCAUUUGGUGCUGUUUCAGAUGUUGCUUCUACUGCCUGGGCCUAUGCAAAGGAGCUUUCAAACUCACCAGUUCUUCAACCAAAACUCAACAUCUUAGGAGUUCAGAGUUCCCAAACCAGAGAUCUUCAAGGAUCUUCCUUAACGCCAUUAGAAGAUAGCCUCAACGGGAUGUUUACUGGCAUGGUCAAGAGUGGUGAAAUGAUUGUGGAAAUUUGGAUGAAAUAUGAUGGCAAAGAUGUUGAGGUCUUUCAACAUUUCACCCUUCUUGCUUCAGAACUCGUUUCCAAUGCAUCUUUGGGAAGCAACUGCAACAUAUUUCCUGCCACUGGUGGGAUUGUGAAAAAGAAUGGUGAGAUGGAUUCCAAGGAACUUUUAGUGGCCAAUCAAGAAAGCGAAAAGAGCAGCAAGAUUUCAAUUGAAGAGGUUGCGGAUGAGUACAAGGCGCUCUGUUACGUGGGGUGUGUUGCCACAACAUCUCUCCUGGGAUGGGCAAUUCAUAAGCUAUCUAGAGACAAGAACUUGCAGGAAAGAGCAAGGAAAGAAGUGAUUGAAAUGUUUGGCUGCCAAAACCCCAAUCUAGAUGGCAUUGCAAGACUGAAAAUUGUGGAUGAGAUAAUUGAAGAUUGUCAGAGGCAAUACCCUCUCCUGCCCUUCACCAAGGGAACUGCGCAAGAAGAAUCUGUACCCUUCAAGUCUCCCUGUUACAGUGCUGGAACACAUCUGGGGCUAAAUUUCGCCAAGAUUGAAGCCAAAGUUGUUCUUUCCAUGAUCCUAAAGCGUUUCGCCUUCACACUAUCCCCAUCUUACAUCCACUCCCCGGUUCAGGGCUUCACAGUCACUCCAAAACAUGGAAUUCGAGUCAUUCUCCAGAAGUUGGAACAGGAAGAUAGCCAGAUGACUAGGAUUGUUAAAACUGUUGGUGUUAUAGCUACUAUAGGUGUUGCAGCAUGGGGUGUAUACAAGGUGGUUGGUGGUUUAGGACUAGAAGAAGAAAUGGACCAAGGAAAGAAGAAGACGAUGAAAAAUCCAGGAAGGCCUUGGGAAAAUAUUCCUAAGAAUGAGUUUAGAAACGAUCCAGUAGCUCGCAAAGCUAUAUUUGAUAGAACUCACAAACUCAAGAAAGCUGGGAAAUGUGUAAAGGGUAUGCUUUGAAUCAAUCAAAGUAUUUAAUUUAUUUUGGGUUUCUAUAUGCUUAUAAGGUGUUUGUUUUAAGUUUCUUGGACAUUGUUGUUAGAUUUUUGUAUUUUACACUUUGUGGGUUUGUGGUUAUUAUGUACGUUUGUUACGUUGUAUUGGAUUUCAGAGUAUUGAGCUGGUUAUGUAAUAUGUUUAAUUGUUGUAGCA